UCUUGUGCCUUGUUUUAUGUCUACCUCUACUUCGCUGCAGACAAGAUCAAAGAGUACAAGCGGCGCCCCUGCCACAGCCACAUACACAGAAAAAAAGUCCGGCCCUGCGUAUGUUAGAUCAAUUUGUUCUUUGGUGGAUUGUUGAGGUCGUCCAAGAAUAAAGUUAAAGACAAAGAAUGAAAAUGUUCUGUCUGUGUAAUAAUGAAAAAGCAGAAAAUUUUGCUUUCGAUUUCAUCGGCCCAAAUACAUACUGGGCUUAAAGAUGUGCAUCUCUCGCUAACGCCGCAAUCUCACUCGCAUUUGCAGGGCGACAGCAUCGGUUUCUCGACCGAAAGUCGACGAAAAUUGAGCGCAGCAUCCACGAGGAUGGCUACCCCGAUGGAGGAAGAUCCGGCAGUACUGGUCCCGGACGGCGUGCCCGAAAAUACGCAGCUGGAGAGCGCGCCGCCGUCGAACAUCGACAAGUUUCUGAAAGCGUUCGAGAAAUUGAAUCCUGCGUUUGACCCGACCACCGCGCAGAGGCCGGUCGUGUGUUUUUUCGGCGACAGCGAUAUCAGCCACUGGAGAAAUCAAAUGCCAACAGACGGCGGCGCGAGCGCAAAACGAACGUUGGUAAAUGUCGGGGUGGGUGGGGCAGAGAUGCUGCACGUCGCGUAUUACGCCGAGCGCUGCUUCGAGAAAUACCGCCCCGACGUGGUUCUCCUGUGUGCUGGGGAAAAUGACAUCGGAAGUGGUAAGUACUUGCUGUUGCCAGGAUACGGCGCCAACUUUACUAGAAUAUUCCUUGACAUCGGAAUCAAGUACGCAUGGAAAAAAGCGUCCUGUCGGUAGUUGCGCAACAACUUUGUUCCCUUAGACUUUGCACUUUGGAAAAACUCAUGCAAUUUUUUCCAGGUACAUCAUCAGCGUCGACUUUCAGCUAUUUCCAGAAGGCGUAUAGCUGUUUCCGCGCCAAAAGCGGCUCAAGUCUCCCGAUCAUCUACAUGGGCACGAAGCCGGAGCCAGCAACGGAAUCGCUACGGAGCGAGUACCUUAGUUACGACGGUCUCAUCAAAGAGCGCACAAAUGCGGACGCAGCUUUCCACUUUGUGGACUCCUGGGAUCUGCAGGACUAUAAGUUUUACGAUAAGGACGAACUGCAUCUGAGCCCUGAGGGUUAUGAAGUUUGGAAUCGCCGCGUCUUGGCGAUUUUAGAUACUGGCUGCGAUUGAUUAGCCGUGCGCAGGCGUAACUGUUAACAAACUGGCGACUGCAUCGUCGCGAAGUUCUUGAGUGAGUAAAUGCUGCAGGCUUUACCUUCCGAACAUGAA